AUGUCAGCUAUUUUCACGAUCCAUCGAUCUUCAAUGCGAUCAAAUUUAGCAUGGCGAGGACAUUCCACUUUUAAGCAGUUGACAUCAAAGUAUGGAUUUGAAUACGGUCGUCUGCUCCAGUCAUCUGUUCAGGAAAUAAAGAAUUUGGAGAAACAUUCUAUUCAGCCAUUUGAUGAUUUAUUCAACAAAAUUUUCGUAUAG